UCAGUGAGCAAAGCAGCACAAAGUUCUAGACCCUGACAGAAACUACACCCUGAUCGACAGAUCAUUACCCAAGAUACUAGCUAGUGCAUGCAUGAACACGGAGUUGCCGUGCAGUGCAAAAAAAUUGGUGCGUGCUCAGCUGCAAUCUGCACACUGCCACCCUCGCCCUACAGAAGAAAACAUGCUGCUAAGCUCCACUCUGCUGUUACCGCGAUGAAACUAGGGCCAAUAAUGAUGCAGUUACUAUUGGUCCCACUGGGGUGGGUUGGGUAGCCUUAUGAUUGUGAACUUUGUUGAUCUUUUUGUUUUCUUUUCUUUCUUCUUUUGGUUCUUUUUUCUUUUGUUGAGUUGUCUUAUGUUGUUUUGUGGUUGCUUUUCUUUGGGUAACGAGGGAAGGGAAGACUAGCAUAUGAAGAUGAGAUGGGAACUAUGUUAUGUUGUGUUAUGCUAUUAUGACGAU